UUUUUGUUUUUUUUUUAAAUAUUGGCUCCGCUCCUCCACCGUUCAGUGAAUAAGAUUAGACUCCAAAACCUCUCCCUCAACAAAUUCCGCCUCUUUUCCUCUCUGUUUGACGCAGAGGGAGGAAGAAGGAAACAAAGAAAGGAGGGGAGGAACGAAGAGAGAUGGGAAACAGCCUCUUUAGAUUCCUCCGUGGGAUUUGCUGCAAGCCCACAACCACACCGGAGAUCCAAUCUUUGGGUCACCAUGGGGUCUCUGCUCUCGCUCAUGAUCUCCUCCAUUUCGACAUCACAUCUCAGGUUCCAGAAGGGCUGAGCCCACAUGUGGUCUCCUCCAAGAAGGCACAGGCAAACUGGUAUAAGAAACUUUUGGAGGCAUGGAGGGAGGCCAAGCCACCACCAAAAACACCAGAAGAAGCAACAAGGCUGGUUGUCCAAACCUUAAAGAGGCAUCAGAAAGCAGAUGUAGAGGGCCUCUUGACUUACUAUGAUCUUCCACUGCCCCACACACUCUCAGAAAUCUCAGUGAUUCCAUCAUCUAGACCUGAAGGAGUGAAGUAUGAACUGCAAACACUUCCUGUGGAUGCGAAAGCUGUUGCGGAUGGAGAUACCAUAACAGUGUACGUCGACACUGCUGAUGCAAGAGAGUCAGCCAAUGUUCCUCGAGGAGUACAUGAAGCAGCAAUCAAAAGGGCCAAAGCCCGCACUGCGAAGAACUACAAGAAAGCUGAUGAGCUUCAGAAAAUAAUUGCUGAUGCAGGAUAUAGGUCACCAACUGGGAAAAUUCAUCAACCUAAGUUCAUUUUCAGCCUGCCCAAGAGUCUGAAUUUUUGUGUUCUUUGCUACAGGGUGAUAACCGGACCGAAAGGCGAAGAGACCUUGGCACGAAAAUACCGAAUCAGACUAAGGGGAAUUGAUGCACCAGAGAGCUCAAUGCCAUAUGGGAAAGAGGCUAAGGAGGAACUGGUGAAGAUGAUCCAAGGAAAGCAUCUAAAGGUGUAUGUGUAUGGAGAUGACCGAUAUGGUCGUUGUGUUGGAGAUGUCUACUGCAAUGGUGCUUACAUACAAGAGCAGAUGCUGAAGAAAGGGCUUGCAUGGCACUAUGCUGCCUACGACCAACGACCGCAGCUUGCAACGUGGGAAAAAGAGGCACGUGCUGCGCGUGUUGGCUUAUGGGCUUCAUCACACCCUGAGAAGCCAUGGGAGUGGAGAAAAGAAAGACGUAAUGGAGCGUGAAGGCAAGGAUCUAAAUUGAGGACGACAGAAGCUUAGAUUGUUUGGGAGCCGAUGAUAUAAGGCAAAUAAGGGAAACCAAGAUAAUGAAGCUUGUGAGAUUAAGAAAUGGGUGAAGGAUUCUUUUGUUUCAGAAUUGAAAUAUCAAAGAUACAUCAAAAGGAGCAACUAAAAUGUAUUUAAAAUUUCUGUGUGUGUGACAUUAAAAAAGUUUAGAGCCAUGACAUUUGUGCUUCAAUAAUGGUCCAUGAAGAAUGUGUGACAAUGAUCAGUAAGGACUAACAAAAGAAAUGCACUUUGAUUUUUAUUUCUCCAGGCAAAAUUGGAAGAAUGGCCUAUUUCUGUAUACUGCAGUGAAAAUUGGCAAGCAAUUAUUUCAGUUAUUUUGGGCAGAA